AUGACUUGUUGUGGAAAUAAGAACGGAUUAAAUGUAGUAUUGUGUCAUGGAGCAUGGUUGGAUGCAUCAAGUUCAUGGGGUAAGAUUAUGCCAAUGUUAAAGGAAGCUGGAUUCAAUUUCUAUGGUAUGCAAUUUACCAAUAUUAGUUUGGCCGAAGAUGCAAAGUUGUUGGUUAAUCUUAUUGAAAAGUUGGAUGGUCCAGUACUGUUGGUUGGUCACAGUUAUGGUGGUAGUAUCAUUACCGAAGCUGCUUACUCGUGUCCCAAGGUCAGAGGAUUGGUGUACAUGGCAGCACUUGCACCAGACAAUGACGAGACUGUCAAUGGUCUACUCGCCAAGUUCCCAUCAAAGGGUAUUCCAGCUAGCAUUGAUAACAAUGGCUACCUCUGUAUGCCAUGCAACCAAUUCUCUGAAUACAUGUGUCAAGAUGGAGGUGAACAAGAAAAGUUGAUCCUAGACGCCUGUCAGAAACCAUUCCUAGCACGUUGUUUCGACGACAUGCAACCUCACUGUGCCUGGAAGAAUAUGCCAACGUGGUAUCAAAUUUCAGAAAAUGAUAGAGUCGUUCCUCCAGAACUUCAAAAGUUCUUUGCCAAGCGUAUGAAUGCCAAAGUCUUGUCACUUCCAGCCAGUCAUGUCGCAGGUAUGGCUCAUUUCAAACAAGUCGGUCAAUUCAUCAUUGAAGCUGGUCACUCUGUCAUUUCAAAUAAACCACAACAAUAA